CAGUUAUUCGGGUGAAUUAUUUUGUAACAUAAAAGCAUAAAACUUGUGUAAAUAUUUAAUUAAAAUCGUAUCUACAUUAUGUUUCUAUAAUAUAUUAUGGAUAUUAAUAUUAGAGUUAUUUUCUUUUCAAGUUUUACUUACUUUAUAAUAAUCAUAACUAUUCCAUAAGAUAAGAACAUUGUUUCAAGUAAAACAAGAAAUAAGAAAUUCCAAUUUGCAUCACCUACUCGAUUUGUACUGAGUUUACAGGCUUUAUACAUUUAUACUACCUAAUACCAUGAAUAUUGCUUAAAUUAUGGAUUCUCCACCAAAGGACGAUGACAUAUCCCUAAAUACACUGGAGCUGGAAGUGAACAAGUAUCUAGACAAGGAAUCGAUCACUGGAUACGAUGUAUAUCCGGGUGUUGAGAUGAUAGACUAUGACUACGCUGUUGAGAGAAAGAAUAUGUAUUCUACCAAUGUAAUAGAAUCGACCGCUCAUCUCAUUAAGGGUUGCCUCGGCGCUGGUAUACUUGGCAUGCAUGAGGCUUACAUGUAUGGAGGACUUUGGACUUCUUUGGGUCUGACAGUUGUCCUCGGAUUCCUUGUGUCUUACAGUAUGUGGAUGCUGGUAAGAUCAGCGCAGACAAUGUACGGGAGGCUGCGAGUGCCGAGGCUGUCUUAUCCCGACUUAGCAGAGGUUGCCAUAGCGACGGGGCCUUUGAAGUCUUGCAGACGGUUUAGCAAGGCGUUUAGAUAUCUAACUGACACCUUUUUGUUUUUAUCCUUCAAUGGAACAUGUUGUAUUUUCGAAAUAAUGAUAGCGCAGACACUUAAACAAGUACUAGCGUCAAUAACAGACUAUCAAAUAUCAAUGAGUUAUCUUAUUUUGAUCAUCACUGCACCUUUGGUUGGUUUGUGUGUGAUAAGAAGUUUGAAAUAUUUGGCACCCUUUUCAGUGGUAGCAGAUCUCAUUGUUGUACUGUGCGUCCUUACAACAAUGUACUACAGCAUCUCAGUAGCGGCAGACCUGAACCAACGGCCUGCAUAGAAGAGCAUGCAUGGAUUGUUCAGAUUCCUUGGCAUAUGCUUAUACAGCAUCAACGGGAUAGGAGUCGCUCUACCUAUAGAAAACAACAUGCGGAGACCUGAGUAUUUCAGGACAGUGUUGCAAUGGGGAAUGCCUUUCGUAGUGACAAUGGUGAUGAUAAUCGGAUUCUUCGGUUACUGGGCCUGGGGUGAACAGUGCCGCUCUCCUUUCACGAUACACAUGCCCACGAAAAUGGUUCUAAUAAUUAUGCAAGGUUUGCUAGCGAUCACUUUGGGGGUUACAUUUGCCGUACACUUUUGGGUGCCAUUUAGAAUAAUAUGGCACUACCUUGCAAGGCAUUUCAAGACGUUAGAAACGUGGAAUUUGGGAGCGUUUAUUUAGGACCAUAUACGUCUUUCUGAUAUCCUGUCUAUCCAUCGCGUUCCCGAACUUGGGAACUUGGAUGAGUUUUCUGGGAAACUUCUUCACGGCAUUCUUGGCGUUCAUAUUCCCAGCGAUGAUGGAAACUUUCAUAACGUGGAAGGAACCUAGGAAAUUUAUUUUUAGGUUUUCGCUGCUAAAGAAUGUUAGCUUCAUACUUUUCGGUUUAUUCUUAGGUGGAGGUGCUUUUUAUUCGUGGUAAAUAAAAAUGAUUUCAAAUUUAA